AUGCUCUCGGCCGCCCGACCCGUCGUCGCCUCCCUGCUGCGGGAGCACGACGCCCGCCUUACCCUGGAGGCUCUGGCCGUCUCCCUCAUCUUCGCGCCGCUCGUCUACGUGCUCGUCAACGAGGUGGUGCGGUACCACGCGCGCAUCAGCGGCAUGAAGGGCCCCAGGGGCCUGCCCGUCAUCGGCAACCUCUGGGACAUCCGCGUCAACGCGGCCGAGAAGUAUCGCCAGUGGGCUCGCACGUUUGGCGACGUCUACCAGAUCCAGCUCGGCAACGUGCCCGUCGUCGUCGUCAACUCGGCCGCGGCCGGCAAGUCCAUCUUUGGCCAAAACGCCCAGGCCAUGAGCUCGCGGCCCGAGUUCUACACCUUUCACAAGGUGCUCUCCGACACGGCGGGAACGACCAUCGGCACGUCGCCGUACAGCGACUCCCUCAAGCGCAGGCGCAAGGGCGCCGCCUCGGCCCUCAACAAGCCCUCGAUCCAGACGUACGUCUCGCACCUGGACGUCGAGUCGCGCGACUUCAUCCGCGAGCUGUACGAGGCCGGCGACGCGGGCAGGACGCCGACGGACCCCAUGCCCAUGAUCCAGCGCCUCUCCCUCUCGCUCGCGCUGACGCUCAACUGGGGGGUGCGUCUCAAGAGCCGCGACGACAGCCUGUUUGACGAAAUCACGCACGUCGAGGAGGAGAUCAGCCGGUUCCGGUCGACGACGGGCAACCUCCAGGACUUCAUCCCGCUGCUGCGGCUCAACCCCGUAAGCACGCACUCGUCCAAGGCGCGCGAGAUGCGCAGCCGGCGCGACGCCUACCUGGCGAGCCUCAACCACGGGCUGGACGAGCGCAUCGCCAACGGCACGCACAAGCCCUGCAUCCAGGCCAACGUCAUGCUCGACGAGGACGCCAAGCUGACCAAGGCCGAGCUCACGUCCAUCAGCCUGACCAUGCUGUCGGGCGGCCUCGACACCGUCACGACCCAGGUGGCCUGGUUCGUGGCCCUGCUGUCGCAGCACCCUGAGAUCCAGGACAAGGCCGUGUCGGAGAUCGCCCGCUUCCACGACCAGCAGAGCCCCAUGUGCGACGAGAAGGACGACCAGCGCUGCGCCUACGUCGUCGCCCUGGUCAAGGAGUCGCUGCGCUACUUUACCGUCCUGCGCCUGGCGCUGCCUCGCGCGUCCACCAAGGCCGUCGCCUACGGCGGGUGCACCAUCCCCAAGGGGUCCAUCGUCUUUCUCAACGCCUGGGCCUGCAACAUGGACCGCAACGUGUGGCGCGACCCCGACGUGUUCCGCCCGGAGCGCUGGCUCGAGCAGCCCGACGCGCCUCUCUUCACCUACGGCGUCGGCUACCGCAUGUGCGCCGGCUCGCUGCUGGCGAACCGCGAGCUGUACCUCGUCUACAUGCGGCUGCUCAACAGCUUCCGCAUCGAGAAGCACGACGCCGUCGACUGCCACCCCGUCACCGGCAACUCGGACCCGACGAGCCUCGUGGCCCUGCCCCGGCGCUACCGAGCGAGGUUUGUCCCGCGCGACCCCGCGGCCCUGCGGAGGGCCCUGCAAGACACGAGGGCCAUGGACGGCCUCGACUGA